AAAAAAUCACAAAAUUGCAAAAUAGAAAACCACCCAGCAACAAAAAUGGGACGUCGCACGUAUCUGAAUCGAGCCUAUGCAAUUUCCUACCCUAGUCGCGUCGAGGGCUGGCUGGAUGUGUGUGAAACGGAGGGUGAACUGACACGCCUAAUAAAAACGCUGCCUUGGGGACCGCUGUACUGUGUGCUGCAGCAGGACGAUCAAACAUUUACCGCCUACUGCAGCGAGGAGAUUUCGAUAUUCCCGGCUACGCCCAAAAAGGAGCUAGAGCUGGGCGAUGUGUGCUAUGAGGAUAUACCGCGAGUGCGACUCGAUCGCGUCCGACGUCCGGCCAAGGCGCUGUGGGAUGGUCCGCCCACACUGGCCGAGGAGAACGAGGACUCCGACUCGUGCCUGGGCUCUGGAAUGAACGGCCUCAACGACAUCGUGCUGAACACAACGCUCUACACUGAUCUAGGAAAGUAUUUGCUUAAAAAUUGCACAGCGAAUUCGCAAUAUCAGUUGUACUUUGCUCUAAGCGAGCUCUUGGUGGGUGAGUAG